UUGGUUAAAUGAGAGAAAGAAAGAAAGCUCCUGAAUGGAAGCCUCCUUUUGCGUGGGAUAUUUAGUGGAAAUAUUCUAGGGUUUGUGGGCGCUGCGCCAGCGAUCGCUAUGGACAGAGCUUUCGACAGUGUCGACGAUUCCACCCGAUCGCUGGUCUCGGAUAUGCAAUCGAAUCUAGUGUUGAUUAAGCUCAUCGCCGAGGAUGUGGAGCGUGCAGCGCGUGGCUGCGAUGAGGUGAAAAAACUGGAUGAGGCAGUUCUUGAGCUCUUGACCGCUACGGAUGAGCUUGAGCGCCACCGAAAGGCAAUGCAGGCUCUCAAAGCGAGCUAUCAGUUUACAGCAAAUCAGCCUACAGAUUUUAGCAAAUCAUGCAAGGCUGAGAUGCAAAACUUUCCAGCUACGAAUCCAAAGGACCACCCGAUUUACAAGCAAUUCGAGGAAGCCAUUUGGAACGUUCACAACUCGGGUGUUCCAAUGCCUGGACAAGAGCAAGCGGAGAUUCUGUGCACCACUCAAGCCGGGAUCUUGAACCGGACAUGCCCGAUCUCUGGAAAACACGUCACGGAGCUUGAGAAUCCGGUUCGAUGCUCCGAGUGCCGGCAUAUAUAUGAUCUUCCUGCUGCCAGAGGCUACAUCGGCAGCCGGUUGCAGAGCAAGCGCUGUGCCGUUGCAGGAUGUCCGAAGAACAUUUCGCUCCAAAAUCUUGUCCGGGAUGCAACGCUGGACAUGGAAAUCGCGGAGCUGAGGAUGAGAGGCGAUGGUGGUGAGACUCACACUCACACCGUGGUUGAGGAGCUGGAUGAUAUACUGGACGUGGAAAUAGAGUGAUAAAAAAACGUUUCUUAGCUUCAAAAGCUGUAGGGCAAAACAUUAAAUCCAUUUUAGAAUUUGCUAGUUGCGCAUUUGUCUUGAAGAAUCAAAAGUGAUUAAGUUAAAGAAGCUCAAGAAACUUGAGUUUGGUUAAA